CCCUUCUCUCCUUGCGGUCGCCGCUCGGCUUCUCGGGCCGGCCCCCUCCCUUCCUGCCACCACACACACCUCCCCUCCUCUUCUCGUCGAAUCUCAGGUGCUUGAGAGAGGUGCUCUACUCCUCCCCCUGGGCCGAGCGUUUAGAAUAAUCACCGCCCCCUUCCCCCGCCUUUUCCUGCCCUGAAUCUCCGCCGCCACCUCCGUCUCGCUGCUCCCGGGCCGGGGGUGAGGACGAGUCCGGAGUAUUUGGGGUUUGGCGUUGUUGUCAGCCUCGGGGAGAGAGAUUGGACAAAUAUUCUCCAAGACGAGGAGGGCGACGCCAAGGACUUUCCACAUCUACUGCUUUGGGGUUUCUCCACAAGUUGGAAGAGAGACCCUUUGGUUUUGCGUUGCGUGUGUUGUGCUCAUUACCAGUGCAGCGACUGCUGUCCCAGGGUGACUCUGAGUUGUCCUUUCUCGUGAGCUAGCAAUGGCUAGCGAAGACAAUCGUGUCCCUUCCCCGUCACCAACAGGUGAUGACGGGGGAGGUGGAGGGAGAGAAGAAACCCCUACUGAAGGGGUUGCAUUGUCUCUGAAACCAGGGCUCCCCAUCCGGGGCAUCAGAAUGAAAUUUGCCGUGUUGACGGGUUUAGUUGAAGUUGGAGAAGUGUCCAAUAGGGAUAUUGUAGAAACUGUCUUUAACCUGCUGGUAGGAGGACAGUUUGAUUUGGAAAUGAAUUUCAUUAUCCAAGAAGGUGAGAGUAUCAACUGUAUGGUGGACCUACUGGAAAAAUGUGACAUUACUUGCCAAGCAGAAGUCUGGAGCAUGUUUACAGCCAUUCUGAAGAAAAGCAUACGAAAUCUUCAAGUCUGCACUGAAGUAGGACUUGUUGAAAAAGUGCUUGGGAAAAUUGAAAAAGUUGACAAUAUGAUAGCAGAUCUUUUAGUUGACAUGUUGGGAGUGUUGGCUAGCUACAGUUUGACAGUUCGAGAGCUAAAGCUUUUCUUCAGUAAACUUCAAGGAGAUAAAGGACAAUGGCCUCCACAUGCUGGGAAGUUGCUGUCUAUGUUAAAGCACAUGCCUCAGAAGUAUGGCCCUGAUGCCUUUUUCAACUUUCCAGGAAAGAGUGCUGCAGCUAUUGCAUUACCUCCUAUAGCCAAAUGGCCGUACCAGAAUGGUUUUACAUUUCAUACAUGGUUUAGAAUGGAUCCUGUAAAUAACAUCAAUGUAGAUAAGGAUAAACCAUAUUUGUAUUGUUUCAGAACCAGCAAAGGUCUUGGCUAUUCUGCUCAUUUUGUUGGUGGCUGUUUGAUUAUAACAUCAAUAAAGUCAAAAGGAAAAGGCUUUCAACACUGUGUGAAAUUUGAUUUUAAGCCGCAAAAGUGGUACAUGGUUACCAUAGUGCACAUCUAUAACCGAUGGAAGAACAGUGAACUUCGAUGUUAUGUGAAUGGUGAACUAGCAUCCUAUGGAGAGAUAACAUGGUUUGUCAACACUAGUGAUACCUUUGACAAAUGUUUCCUUGGCUCGUCAGAAACAGCAGAUGCUAAUAGAGUAUUCUGUGGUCAGAUGACUGCAGUUUAUCUUUUCAGUGAAGCUCUUAAUGCAGCUCAGAUUUUUGCUAUUUAUCAGUUGGGCCUGGGAUACAAGGGUACAUUUAAAUUCAAAGCAGAAAGCGACCUUUUCCUUGCUGAGCAUCACAAACUUUUGUUGUAUGAUGGCAAACUCUCUAGUGCCAUUGCAUUCACGUACAAUCCACGGGCUACAGAUGCCCAGCUUUGCCUUGAGUCAUCCCCUAAGGACAACUCUUCAAUUUUUGUUCAUUCACCACAUGCACUUAUGCUCCAGGAUGUGAAGGCAGUUUUAACACAUUCCAUUCAAAGUGCUAUGCAUUCAAUUGGAGGCGUACAAGUACUGUUUCCACUUUUUGCACAGUUGGAUUACAGGCAAUAUUUGUCUGAUGAGGUUGACUUGACUAUCUGUUCAACCUUGCUGGCUUUUAUCAUGGAGUUGUUGAAGAACUCAAUCGCUAUGCAGGAGCAGAUGCUUGCCUGUAAGGGCUUCUUGGUAAUAGGAUAUAGCCUUGAAAAGUCUUCCAAAUCUCAUGUCAGCAGAGCAGUACUUGAACUUUGCCUUGCAUUUUCAAAAUAUCUGAGUAGUCUGCAAAAUGGGAUGCCCCUGCUCAAGCAAUUGUGUGAUCACAUUCUUCUUAAUCCUGCCAUAUGGAUUCAUACCCCAGCCAAGGUUCAGUUAAUGCUCUAUACUUAUCUGUCCACGGAAUUCAUUGGUACGGUAAACAUAUAUAAUACCAUUCGGAGAGUCGGAACAGUGCUUCUCAUCAUGCACACGCUGAAGUACUACUAUUGGGCAGUGAAUCCUCAGGAUCGAAGUGGUAUCACCCCAAAAGGAUUAGAUGGACCACGACCUAAUCAAAAAGAAAUACUUUCUCUACGAGCAUUCUUGUUGAUGUUCAUUAAGCAAUUAGUGAUGAAGGAUUCUGGAGUAAAGGAAGAUGAAUUGCAGGCCAUUCUUAAUUACCUACUGACUAUACAUGAGGAUGACAAUCUAAUGGAUGUCCUACAAUUGCUUGUUGCAUUAAUGUCGGAACACCCUAACUCUAUGAUUCCUGCUUUUGACCAAAGGAACGGGUUACGUGUUAUCUACAAACUUCUGGCAUCAAAAAGCGAAGGAAUCAGGGUACAAGCUCUUAAGGCAAUGGGUUAUUUUUUAAAACAUCUGGCGCCAAAGAGGAAAGCUGAAGUCAUGCUUGGGCAUGGAUUGUUUUCAUUGCUUGCUGAAAGGCUCAUGCUUCACACAAAUUUAAUCACAAUGACCACAUAUAAUGUCCUAUUUGAGAUUCUUAUAGAACAGAUUGGUACUCAGGUGAUACAUAAACAGCAUCCAGAUCCCGAUUCUUCAGUAAAGAUACAAAACCCUCAGAUACUAAAAGUAAUUGCGACCCUACUUCGAAAUUCUCCCCAGUGCUCAGAGAGCAUGGAGGUUCGCAGAGCCUUUCUUUCUGACAUGAUUAAACUUUUUAAUAACAGUAGAGAAAACAGGAGGAGCUUGCUACAAUGCUCUGUGUGGCAAGAGUGGAUGCUUUCUCUCUGCUAUUUUAAUCCUAAGAAUUCAGAUGAGCAAAAGAUAACAGAAAUGGUAUAUGCCAUAUUCAGAAUCCUGCUUUACCAUGCAGUCAAAUAUGAGUGGGGUGGCUGGCGUGUAUGGGUAGAUACUUUAUCAAUCACUCAUUCAAAGGUCACUUUUGAAAUACACAAAGAAAACCUUGCCAAUAUGUUUAGGGAACAGCAAGGAAAAGUUGAUGAAGAAAUAGGGCCCUCUUCUUCAACUUCAGUUGAAGCAGCCUCUGUCAUUAGAAGGGAUGUUAAUGUUUCAGCAGGAUCCCAGCAAUCAGAUAGGAAGGAUUCUCCUGUCUAUCCUCAUUUCACCACAAAUGGUAACGAAAAUUCAAGUAUAGAGAAGACAUGCUUACUAGAAUCUGCAUCUAAUAUUGAACUGCAAACUACUAAUACAUCUUAUGAAGAAAUGAAAGCUGAGCAAGAAAAUCAGGAGUUACCAGAUGAAGGCACGUUGGGAGAAACAUUGGCAAAUGAGACAAGGAAUGCAGGUGAUUUAGAAGUAUCUUCUGACAUAAUAGAAGCUGUGACUAUUUCUUCUAAUUCUUUUAUAACAACUGGCAAAGAUUCAGUGACUGUCAGUGAAGUAACUGCUUCUAUAAGUUCUCCUUCAGAAGAGGAUGCUUCAGAGAUGCCAGAGUUCUUGGAUAAGUCUAUAGCAGAGGAAGAGGAAGAUGAUGAUUAUGUGGAACUGAAAGUAGAAGGCAGUCCUACUGAGGAAGCUAGUCUACCCACAGAGUUCCAAGAUAAUAGUUUGUCUCCAGCUGCAUUUGAAGCCAGUGAAAAACUGGACAUGUUUGGCAAUGAUCACAAAUUAAUAUGUCAAGAAGGAAAACCUGUUACUGAAAAGCAAACUAAUACUGAAACUCAAGAUUCUAAAGAUUCUGGAAUUCAGACUAUGACAGCAUCAGAGUCUUCAGCUAGGUCACCAGAAACUACUGUUUCCCAAAGAGCUGUAGAAUCAAACCUUGGUCAGAUGCUGGAGGAAGGGAGGAAAGCAACUGCCCUCACUAGAGAAACCAAAUUAAUUAGUGAUUGUCAUGGUAAUACCUCUGAGGUUUCUGCUGCUUCUGAGCAAAAGAUUGCAAAGUUGGAUGUUUCUAGUGUUGCUACAGAUACUGAGAGGCUGGAAUUGAAGGCCAGCACAAAUGUGGAAGCACCUCAACCUCAUCGACAUGUGCUUGAGAUGUCAAGGCAACCUGAGGAGCCAGGGCAAGGAAUAGCACCAGAUGCAGUUAAUGGACAAAGGAGGGAUUCCAGAUCUACUACGUUUCGUAUUCCUGAGUUCAACUGGUCUCAAAUGCAUCAGCGUUUGCUCACUGAUCUAUUAUUUUCAAUUGAAACAGAUAUACAGAUGUGGAGAAGCCAUUCAACAAAGACAGUUAUGGACUUCGUGAAUAGCAGUGAUAAUGUCAUCUUUGUACACAACACAAUUCAUCUCAUCUCUCAAGUGAUGGACAAUAUGGUCAUGGCUUGCGGGGGUAUACUGCCAUUGCUUUCAGCUGCUACAUCGGCUACACAUGAACUGGAAAAUAUUGAACCUACUCAAGGCCUUUCAAUAGAAGCCUCUGUGACAUUUUUGCAGAGGCUAAUUAGCCUUGUGGAUGUGCUUGUAUUUGCAAGUUCUCUUGGCUUUACUGAAAUUGAAGCUGAAAAAAAUAUGUCAUCUGGAGGGAUUUUGCGGCAGUGUCUCCGACUGGUGUGUGCAGUGGCAGUAAGGAAUUGCUUGGAGUGUCAGCAGCAUUCACAACUGAAAACUAGGGGAGAUAAAGCCUUGAAAACAAUACAUAGCUUUAUUCCUUUAGGGAAAUCUGCAGCAAAGAGCCCAGUGGACAUUGUGACUGGUGGUAUAUCUCCAGUAAGAGACCUUGACAGGCUUCUACAGGACAUGGAUAUUAAUCGGCUUAGGGCAGUUGUUUUCAGAGACAUAGAGGAUAGCAAACAAGCUCAAUUCUUAGCCUUGGCAGUUGUAUACUUUAUCUCUGUUCUUAUGGUCUCCAAGUACAGAGACAUUUUGGAACCCCAAAAUGAAAGGCAUAGCCAGUCACUUACGGAAACUGGCAGUGAAAAUGGGAAUGUAUCACUCUCUGAAAUUGCACCAGCAGCAUUCAGCACUUUAACUACGGCAUCAGUGGAAGAAUCUGAAAGCACAUCAUCUGCUCGAAGGCGGGACUCAGGCAUUGGGGAAGAAACAGCCACUGGUUUAGGAAGCCAUGUGGAAGUAACUCCUCACACAGCACCUCCUGGUGUCAGUGCAGGCCCAGAUGCAAUCAGUGAGGUACUAUCUACUCUUUCUUUAGAAGUCAGUAAGCCUCCAGAAACCAAAAAUGAUAGAGGAAAUGAGUUGGACACUAAGGCUACACCAUCAGUUUCAGUUUCAAAAACUGUCAAUGUGAAAGACAUUCUCCGAAGCUUGGUUAACAUACCACCAGAUGGAGUCACAGUGGAUCCUGCCCUUCUGCCACCAACCUGUCUUGGAGCCCUUGGUGAUCUCUCUGUGGAACAAACUGUGCAGUUUAGAUCAUUUGACAGGAGUGUUAUUGUUGCAACAAAAAAGUCAGCAGUCUCACCUUGCACACUUACUACAAGCAUAUCUACCAAUGCUGUCAGUGUGGUUUCCUCAGUAGAUUCAGCUCAAGCCUCAGAUGUGGGAGGAGAAUCACCAGGCAGUAGAUCAUCUAAUGCAAAAUUGCCCUCAGUUCCAACAGUUGAUUCAGUAUCACAAGAUCCGGUAUCAAAUAUGAGUAUUACAGAGAGGCUUGAACAUGCUUUGGAAAAGGCAGCUCCUCUCCUUCGUGAGAUUUUUGUGGAUUUUGCACCUUUUCUUUCUCGGACACUUUUGGGUAGCCAUGGACAAGAACUGCUUAUAGAGGGAACAAGUCUGGUUUGCAUGAAGUCUAGUAGUUCAGUUGUGGAAUUGGUUAUGCUACUGUGUUCUCAGGAGUGGCAAAAUUCUAUUCAGAAGAAUGCAGGCCUUGCUUUCAUCGAACUUGUCAAUGAAGGAAGGUUGCUUAGCCAGACAAUGAAGGAUCAUCUAGUAAGAGUGGCAAAUGAAGCUGAAUUUAUCCUGAGCAGGCAGAGAGCAGAAGAUAUUCACAGACAUGCAGAAUUUGAGUCACUGUGUGCCCAGUAUUCUGCAGACAAACGAGAAGAUGAGAAGAUGUGUGAUCAUUUGAUAAGAGCAGCAAAAUAUCGUGACCAUGUGACAGCAACUCAACUAAUCCAGAAAAUUAUCAACAUUCUCACAGACAAGCAUGGAGCCUGGGGAAAUUCUGCAAUGAGUCGUCCUCGUGAGUUCUGGCGCCUUGACUACUGGGAAGAUGACUUGCGGCGCCGGCGACGAUUUGUGCGUAACCCUCUAGGAUCGACACAUCCUGAAGCGACACUAAAAACAGCCGUGGAACAUGCCACAGAUGAAGAUAUCCUUGCUAAAGGAAAACAAUCCAUCAAGAGUCAGGCUUUGGGAAAUCAGAACUCAGAAAACGAGAUCUUCCUGGAAGGCGAUGAUGAUACUCUGUCAUCCGUAGAUGAGAAAGAUUUAGAGAAUCUUGCUGGUCCUGUUAGCCUGAGCACACCAGCUCAGCUUGUGGCCCCCUCCGUUGUAGUAAAGGGCACUCUUUCUGUUACCUCCUCCGAACUCUAUUUUGAGGUGGAUGAAGAGGACCCUAACUUCAAAAAAAUCGACCCCAAGAUCCUGGCGUAUACAGAAGGGUUGCAUGGAAAAUGGCUGUUCACAGAGAUACGAUCAAUCUUUUCUCGUCGUUAUCUUUUGCAAAAUACAGCCCUGGAGAUCUUUAUGGCAAACAGAGUUGCUGUAAUGUUCAACUUCCCAGACCCUGCAAUAGUAAAGAAAGUGGUUAACUGUCUACCUCGUGUUGGCAUUGGAACGAGUUUUGGAUUGCCUCAAACCAGACGUAUUUCAUUAGCUAGUCCACGACAACUUUUUAAAGCUUCUAAUAUGACCCAGCGAUGGCAACACAGAGAGAUUUCUAAUUUUGAGUACUUGAUGUUUCUCAACACGAUAGCAGGACGGAGUUAUAAUGACUUAAAUCAGUAUCCAGUGUUUCCUUGGGUCAUCACUAAUUAUGAAUCAGAAGAACUGGAUCUUACCUUGCCCACCAACUUCAGAGAUUUGUCCAAGCCAAUAGGAGCUCUGAACCCAAAAAGAGCAGCAUUCUUCGCAGAGCGUUAUGAAUCAUGGGAAGAUGAUCAAGUUCCAAAGUUUCACUAUGGUACUCAUUACUCAACUGCAAGUUUUGUUCUUGCAUGGCUACUAAGAAUAGAACCCUUUACAACAUUUUUCCUGAAUUUGCAAGGAGGUAAAUUUGAUCAUGCAGAUCGAACUUUUUCAUCAAUUUCCAGAGCUUGGCGAAAUAGUCAGCGUGAUACAUCUGAUAUUAAGGAGUUGAUCCCUGAAUUUUAUUAUCUCCCAGAGAUGUUUGUCAACUUCAAUAAUUAUAAUCUUGGAGUGAUGGAUGAUGGGACAGUAGUGUCUGAUGUCGAACUUCCUCCUUGGGCCAAAACCUCAGAAGAAUUUGUUCACAUAAACAGAUUGGACCUGGAGAAUGAAUUUGAGCUACUUGAACACCAGGCACUUAAGCAGCACUUUCAGCCUGCCCCAGUUAUCAGUAGUAGCUUUCAACCCCUCAUUUCUGGUCUGGAUGAAAUGGGACCUAGAAUCAAAGAAGCAAUAGGUUUUCUCUAUACCUCACCUCUUAACCCUCAGACUUGCCCCUGCCUUUUUCAGGCUGUUGAAGCUCAAAUCCGAAGUUUUGGACAGACGCCUUCUCAGCUACUCAUAGAGCCCCAUCCUCCCAGAGGUUCUGCCAUGCAAGUGUAUCUCCUCCUGCAGAGUCCAUUGAUGUUCACAGACAAAGCCCAGCAGGAUGUUAUCAUGGUCCUCAAGUUUCCCUCCAACUCCCCUGUUACUCACGUGGCAGCCAACACCCAGCCUGGUUUGGCAACUCCUGCUGUAAUCACAGUCACUGCUAACAGGUUAUUUGCCGUGAACAAAUGGCACAAUCUUCCUGCUCAUCAAGGUGCUGUACAAGACCAGCCAUACCAGCUGCCAGUGGAAAUCGAUCCUCUCAUAGCCAGCAAUACAGGAAUGCAUAGGAGGCAAAUCACUGACCUUUUAGACCAAAGUAUUCAGGUGCAUUCCCAGUGCUUCGUCAUCACUUCAGACAACCGCUAUAUUCUUGUCUGUGGCUUCUGGGAUAAGAGUUUCAGAGUCUAUUCUACAGACACAGGAAAAUUAAUCCAAGUGGUGUUUGGCCAUUGGGAUGUCGUCACUUGCCUCGCUCGUUCUGAGUCAUAUAUUGGGGGAAAUUGCUACAUUCUCUCAGGGUCACGUGAUGCAACUCUUUUGCUAUGGUACUGGAAUGGAAAAUGCAGUGGGAUUGGAGAUAACCCAGGCAGUGAGACUGCUGCUCCUCGGGCCAUUUUGACGGGCCAUGACUAUGAGAUCACAUGUGCUGCAGUCUGUGCUGAGCUAGGCCUGGUGUUAAGUGGUUCACAAGAAGGACCAUGUCUCAUACAUUCCAUGAAUGGAGACUUGUUGAGGACCUUGGAGGGUCCUGAAAACUGCCUGAAACCGAAACUCAUUCAGGCUUCAAGAGAGGGCCAUUGUGUCAUAUUCUAUGAGAAUGGCCUCUUCUGUACGUUCAGUGUGAAUGGGAAGCUCCAGGCCACGAUGGAAACGGAUGAUAACAUAAGAGCCAUCCAGCUAAGCCGAGAUGGGCAGUACCUGCUCACAGGAGGAGACAGCGGAGUGGUUGUGGUCCGGCAGGUAUCAGACCUCAAGCAGCUCUUUGCCUACCCAGGAUGCGAUGCUGGAAUCCGGGCCAUGGCGCUGUCCUAUGACCAGAGGUGCAUCAUUUCUGGCAUGGCUUCAGGAAGCAUUGUGCUAUUUUACAACGACUUUAACCGGUGGCAUCAUGAAUACCAAACCCGCUAUUGAUGGUGACAGCUGUGCACCGACUCUGCCCCUAGGAUGAGCAGCAGUACCUGGAGCAUCAUUCUCUUAGAAAUAGCUACCACAUCUGAAUGUAACUUAAAUUUGCUCAAAGAAGCAAAAUAUUUUUUAAAGUUACUAAUAAUUGCUAUUUUUGUAGUCUUUGCUUGACUUUUUCGGUGGGGCGGGGGGAUUAGCAAAGCAGAAAACUGGCUGCUGGGUUCUGUAGUUUUAAAAAAAAAAAUCUAUAUUUUUAGUCAUAAUGAGAAGUCUAUUUUCACCAAUUAUGGAAACAUUCAGUGGAGCAAGUAAACCACUUACUUAUUCCAGCUAUAAUAUUAUGAAGAACAUAUCCGAUGCAUCUACAAGCUUGAGAAAUAGGAUUUUCACAGUGGGGAAGUGGGUCAUAAUAUUGGGAUAGGAAAACUUUAUGCUGUAAUUUAGGUCCUGUAUUUUCCCAAACAAUUGUGCUUUUUCAGCACUAAUAUUUCUGGGAUUUAAAUAGUAAUGUUUAAAUUAUGGUAAAUGUAAUUUAAAACAUUCAGUUAAUUCUAUCAAUAUUAUUCUUCAAGCAUGUUUUAGACUAGAAAAGUAUGGUUUGGGGGAGAUUAUUUUAUUUUAUGUGUGGUUAGCACAAAGAAUCUAGGUUAUAGCAGGUGUGAAAUAGUUACUGUUUUUUCCUGAUCUUUCAUCUUCAUAGCACAACAAAACAAAAUGAUGGAAAUGCUCUCGGGCUCACAACCUUUGUUUUUCUUUUAAAGUAAAUGCAAGUACCAAAGUUCUCUACUGCGGUCUGCCUGUGCCCGGACAAUGGGGCGGAGCCAUCAUUGGGGCACCCCCUUCCCUCUCCGGGUUUGCAAAUAAUAGAGGCUACCAGGUGCUGUAUUCAGCAACACCUGUUUUACUAUUUGUUAUUAAACUAUCUCCACUUUCCUUUUGAUUAGCAAUUUGUACUAAGAAACAAUGUUAUUUGGUGUUGUAUAAUUCUACUUUUCUAGUAGAUUACUGUGUGGAAUUCUGUGAAAAAUAUUUGAGAAAAGGCCUGUAUUGCAUAAAUAAAUUCUUUGUAUGUUGUGAA